AUGGCCCAAUGCUCCGCCCCCGUUGAAGGGAUAGUCGGUUCAUACACUGGCAAUAGCUUCGCUCUCCAGGGUUUUAUCGUCAGCCUGUUGGGCAUUGCCAUAUACAGCUCGCUGGAGUUGAUUGUCUUGGUGUUUUCAAUAUUUCAUACCUACAGCGGACUUUACUUCUGGAGUCUUCUCAUAACAGCCCUUCUUGGCAUUAUUCCCGACGCCCUGGGUUUGCUUCUGAAAUAUUUCCAACUUGCGCCCAUAUGGAUCCCAGUUACAUUGUCGACUGCGGGAUGGUGUAUCAUGGUGACUGGCCAGUCGUUGGUUCUCUACUCCCGGCUGCAUCUCGUGCAACAAAACAAACGAGUCCUUCGGUUUGUCUUGGGUAUGAUCAUCUUUGACGCAAUUGUCUUCCAAAUACCCCAGAUAAUUGCCUCAUAUGGUGUUGUCUAUGCCUGUGAUCUUGACUUUGGUCGCUUUUUCAACGUUUGGGAGAAGGUGCAACUGACCGUCUUCUUCGUCCAGGAGAUUAUCAUCUCCAGCAUAUUCAUUGUGCAGACUGUCAAACUUUUACGCAGCUACCCAACGAGGAGCAAACGGAAGACAAACAUCAUGUAUCAACUUCUGGCAAUAAAUUCUGCUAUCAUUUUGAUGGAUAUAUCUCUGAUUGUGAUGGAAUUUCUGGGCUUGUUCAUCAUCCAAACUGUGCUCAAAACCUUCUUCUACACCGUCAAGUUGAAGUUGGAGAUUGCAGUUUUGUCGAGGCUGGUCUCUUUUGUACAAUAUGACUUCCACCAGGAUUCGUCUGGAUUUAGUCGAACAAAAUGA